CGGUUCUUUCUGGCUGCGCUGGCGAUGCCGCGAUCAGUUCCGUUCGUGAAAUGGAAAAGCCCCCAUUGCUCCAGCAAGAGCUCCACACACGAUUCAUUUGUUAAAAUUCGUUGGGCGCGUGCUGACGAGAGACGGGAGACUUAUAUUCUGCGGAGAAGCACAAGCAGCAGCAGCAGUAGACAGAAGUAAUUGAGAAUUUUCAUUAUCGGCAAUUGCCGCGCGGUGGCUACUGACGUUCGUGCUACCCCCCUCCACUUCGAUUGCUUUAUAAGCUAUGGAAAAUACCCAAAACUACGAGCGACAACCGUUAAUUGCUAUGAGAAACAUUAAAAAACGAUUAAGUGUGCCCAAACUCAAGCAAUAGAGAGAGAGAGAGGGUUAUUUCCCCAGAACACACGUUCCACAAUUGAUCAAAGUUGGGACCAGGACACAGGUUCCACAUUCAGCAAACCAACAGUGCAUCCCGUUCCACAACAAACUCUAGAAACAGUUAAAGAGAAAGGCUAUACCAAACCCUCCUCCUGCCCUUUUUGCUGAAGAUGAUGCUAAAUAAAUACGAGAGCUAUCAACGCACAAACCAAAUGUUUCCCCAUCAGCAGCAGCAUCAGCUGCAACAGCAACAGAUGCAGCAACAACAGAUGCAGCAACAGCAGCAGCAACAGUUGCUUCUGCAACAACAGCAGCAGCAGCAACAGUCGCUGUUUCCACACCCACAAUAUGGACCAGGACCCUCUGGAUGCUCACCAACGUCGGCGGAUCUAACGGCGGCGGCCAUACUGAAAGCCGAACGGGAAUCGAUCCACUCGGGCCAGUUUAUGGUCUCACACUUUGAGGCCGAGGAGGCUCAAGAUGAUCUCGAAGACGAUGGCGAGGUAAAGAUGCUGGAUCCCGAGGAUCCCAGCUUGGAUAAGCCCGGCUCACCGGCCAACACCUGUCGCGAUGUGCAGCUGUACGUGCCGCAGACAGUGGGCCAUCACUUCAAUCGCAUGGACGACGAGUGCGAUGAGAACAGCAUGAGCAUGAUCACCUCUCAUCUGGAGAUCGAAACUUCACUCACCAAGCUCUUCAAGUGCAUGAAUCUGGCCUACAGUCAAAAACUCACUUCCCCCAAAUGGAAUCACUUCAAGGGUGUGCGACUCCGUUGGAAGGACAAAAUUCGUCUAAACAACGUCAUCUGGCGCUGCUGGCAUAUGCAAUUCAUUCAAAAGCGCAGAACACCGGUGUGUCAAUUCGCAUCGCCGCUGGACGUUGACAUACACAGUAAUCCUCAAACCGUUGUGCUUGAAGGCAAAUACUGGAAACGUCAUUCAGCUGUUAUCAAAGCUGAAUACAGAAAAUGGCGCAAAAACUAUAGAUCUAAAGCAACGGGAUGCUUAACCUAUGAUUCGAAGAGCGAAUUGGACUUUCUGGAAUGGUCACCACUGAACGAUAGGAACUUGAUGCCAGACGACUGGACAACGGACACCUUGUUCUCGGCCAUAAAUGUACCAUUUCCCUUUCCAGAUUCAAGAGAAAUUGCACGUGGCGCAGGCAUUGCGGACUUUAUUCAACCCAGUUUGGGGCCAUUGCAACCGAAUUUAGAUGACAUCGACAUUACCUUCUCAGAUCUGCUACCCACCACACGCUUGCCACCCGUUCCGGAGGAGGGAACCGAUGCGGAGAUGCUCAAGAACGAUGACUAUUGCUUGCCUGCGAUUGUGGGUGCACCGCACACUCUUUACAUUAACGACAGCAUGAUGGAUGGCGGUGGUGGCGGCGGCGGAGGCGGUGGCAAUGUCGAUGCCAAUAUGCUGGAGCUGAAUACUCCCCUCAAUACGAUGUCCUAUAAUGAGUUGGAGCAACGCUUUACGGUGGCGCGACAGGCGCAACAGCAGUCGGCCAACGACACGCAGCUAAUGGGCGACAAUUCGGGCUCCGUGUCGGGUCGCAUGGUGCACGGUGGCAAGCACUUUGGGGUCGUCAACAGCAACAACGAUGGCAACAAUCGGUGCGUGAUCAAUGGACGUGUGGCCAAGAGCACACAGCGCCCGUUUCGCAGGGAACCGCACAACUAUGACAAGGCACAGCCGACGCUCCAUCAGACCACAAUCUAUCAGCAGAUGCUGGCCGAGCAGCAGAAGAAUCAGCAGCAUCUGGCUGCAGGUGUUGUGUUGCAGGCGGCCACAUUUCAGGCAGUGCAACAGCAGCAGCAACAACAGCAACAGCAGCAGCAGCAACAACAUUUUCCCACGCAACAUACAAACGCCUUCAACAAUCAGAGUUUCUUGAGCAGCUACACGGACAACUACCAGCAGCAGGCGCAUCAGCAGCAGCUCAGCGUCAAGGUGGAGCCCCUGCAGGCGGAUGUGCUGUCACUGCUGAAUGAUGGCGGCGGCGGUGGUGGCUACAACUCCAUCGGCUACAAGCCCUAUCCGCAGUUCAAAAAGUCCGCCUCAACAGGGACAUUUCUCAAUGUGCCACGACUGCCACAACAGCAGCAGCAGCAACAACAACAGGGAUAUCUGCAGCAGGAUCAGCAGCAUCAGCAAAUGCAUCAGCAGCAGUCGCUGCCCUUGGGUCUGAGCACUCAACAGCUUAUGCAGCUGACGCGUCAACAGCAGGUGAACAACAACCAACAGCAGCAGCAGUCCACUGUGGCCAGUUUGUUGCAACAACAGCACCAACAGCAGCAGCAGCAGCAGCAGCAACAACAGCAACAUCAGCAGCAGCAAUCUCCUUCUGUCAGCACCGCCACUUGGGUGACUCCCAACACCGUCUUGCCCACCAAGGAGAUCCAUCGCUCCAAUAGCCUGCCAUUGAAUGUAUCGCUAAACAAACUCCACGAAGCCCGCAGCCAGCACGCAGUCCACGAACAGCCCUUUGCCGUGCCCAAGUAUCAUGCAAAGGGAAAGUCCCGAGUGCGCAGCAACUCAAUGCACCAGCAGUCGGUAGUAGCUGCUGCAGGAGCGGGCAGCUCGCCUGCCAGCGCCAACAGUUGCAGCAAUCUGCUCGUUACACAGCAAAUGCAGCAAGCCACCAGCGAUCCAAUGCUCAACAGCACACUGGCACAGCUCCUGACAUCGAAUACACGCCUGCAGUCAGCGGUGGCUAAUAGCUCGCAACAGUCAAGUUCUUCUUCCGGCAGUGCCAUAGCCACGACCAGCAACAACAGCAACAACAGCAUCAACGUGUCGCCGGCUCUUUAUGCUGCCGUCUCAACGCCAUUGUCAGUGCCCGUGCCAGCACAGCAACACUCACCAAAGAAGUCCGCCUCCUUGCCAAUGGUCAUAGCAGCACAUCCCGCCCAGCAUAGUCCACCGGGCGGACUCGGUAAAAUGCACAGUUUUGGCGGAUCCAGCAACCUGAGUGUGUCGCCGGACUCGCCGUUUCACGAGUCGCAGGGCUCACCACUCUCGCCAUCUGCAAAGUAUCAGCCAAGGGACACCCAGCGGCGUGCCGGUCAUAUACAUGCAGAGCAGAAGCGACGCUACAACAUCAAGAAUGGCUUCGACACGCUGCAUGCACUCAUACCACAGCUGCAGCAGAACCCCAAUGCCAAGCUGAGUAAAGCGGCCAUGUUGCAGAAGGGUGCGGACCACAUAAAGCAGCUGCGGCAGGAGCGCAACGUCCUCAAGGACAAGAUCGAGGCGCUGCGAACGGAGAGAGAUGAGCUGAACAACUCCCUAACGCACCUUCACUCGAUUCUGCCUGCAAAUGGAGCUCCGGUUACCAGGCAGGGUACAGAGCAUGUACGUCAGCUGUACGAGAUAUAUGUGCGAUACAAUACGAUGAACGAUUGGAAGUUCUGGAUUUUGGGUCUCAUUUUGGAGCCGCUGCUUGCCUCAUACACCUCAACCGUCUCGAGUGCCAGUCUGGAUGAGCUGCGUCGCACCGCCUUUCUCUGGGUGGAUCAGCACUGCUCACUUAUUGAUCUGCGACCCGCUGUUACGAACAAAUUGAAGUACCUAUCCAUGCACACGGACAUUGUGUCGGAGCCGCCUAGCACAUUGCAGGAGGAGGUGGCAAAAGCCCUACAGAACUCAAGUGGCCAGCAUCCCAAUCUGCAUGGCUCCUAACCGUUCCUGUUGCUGCCCGUGAUAUGAAUUUAUUUAAUUCGGUCUUUUAUUUUAAUCAAAGAAGUUUAACAAAUUGUUCGGCUGCAUGAAUUGUACAAAAUGCGAAUUAGGCAGAUUUUUAUACGAGAGCAGCAAAUAGUGCCUACAAUCUAUGACUUAAGUGUAAAAUAAACAAACGAUUUUACAAGUUUUUGAAA